CCGCCGCCGAGCCCUGCGCCGCGCCCUGCUCCUGCCGCCGCGGCCUGCUGGACUGCAGCCGGCACCGCCUGCCCGGCGGGCCGGGCCCGCGGAGGAUCCCGCCGCUGCCCGCCGGCACCACGGGCCUGGAUUUAAGUCAUAAUCACUUACUGUCAUCCAACUGGAGCAUUGACUUGUCUGUCCCUACACUACAAGAAGUGAAAAUGAAUUACAAUGAGCUGAGUGAAAUUCCAUAUUUUGGAGAAACAACUUCUAAUAUCACUUUCCUCUCGCUGGUGCACAAUAUCAUUCCAGAAAUAAAUGCUGAACAACUCCAAGUUUACCUUUCACUGGAAAAUUUAGAUCUUAGUUCUAAUCUCAUCUCAGAAAUCAAAGCUUCUUCUUUUCCACGGAUGCAACUGAAGUACCUGAAUCUGAGCAACAACAGAAUAACUACUCUAGAAGCAGGCUGCCUUGAUAACUUGUCUAGCUCUCUAAUGGUAGUGAAGCUGAACAGAAACAGGAUCAGUGUGAUCCCACCAAAGAUCUUCAAACUGCCUCAUGUGCAGUUUCUGGAACUGAAGAGGAACCGGAUUAAAAUCGUGGAAAGUCUGACAUUCCAAGGGCUGGAAUCCCUGAAAUCCUUGAAAAUGCAGCGCAAUGGGAUUAGCAGGCUGAUGGAUGGGGCUUUCUUUGGCCUGGGCAAUAUAGAGGAACUGGAACUGGAACAUAAUAACUUAACAGAGGUAAACAAGGGCUGGCUGUACGGGCUGCGGACGCUGCAACAGCUCUACGUCAGCCAGAACGCCAUUAACAGGAUCAGCCCAGAUGCAUGGGAGUUCUGCCAAAGGCUUUCUGAGCUAGACUUGUCAUACAACCAGCUAACUCGCCUCAAGGAGUCUGCCUUCGUGGGACUUGGUUUGUUGGAGAAACUAAACCUGGGUGACAACCGCAUCAGUCACGUUGCUGAUGGAGUGUUCAGAGGGCUGGCAAACCUCCGGACCUUGGACUUGAGGAACAACGAGAUCUCCUGGGCCAUGGAAGAUGCAAAUGAAGCAUUUGAGGGACUCAGCAGGCUGGAUAAACUAAUCUUGCAAGGAAACCAGAUUAAGUCAAUUACCAAAAAAGCAUUCUCUGGUCUUGAAGGACUUGAACAUCUAGAUUUAAGCAACAAUGCAGUGAUGUCCAUCCAAGAAAAUGCAUUUGCUCAGGCUCAGCUGAAGGAGCUAGUUUUGAACACGAGCAGCUUGCUUUGUGAUUGCCAGUUGAAAUGGCUGCCGCAGUGGCUCACCGACAGCCGUUUACAGCAGGCCACAGUAAAUGUUAGCUGUGCUCAUCCCGAGUGGUUAGCAGGACAGAGCCUUCUCAGUGUGGACCCCGAUGACUUUGUCUGUGACAACUUCCCCAAGCCACAGAUCAGAGUGCAUCCUGAGACCACAGUGGCCCUGCGAGGCAUGAAUGUGACUCUGACCUGCACCGCUGUCAGCAGCAGCGAUUCCCCCAUGUCCACAGCCUGGCGUAAGGACAGUGAAGUGUUGUACGAUGCAGAGGUGGAGAAUUUUGCCAGAUACCAGCAGCAGGGUGGUGAGGUGGUUGAGUACACCACAGUCCUGCACCUUUCCAAUGUGAAUUUCACUGAUGAAGGGAAGUAUCAGUGCAUUGUCACCAAUCACUUCGGCUCCAAUUACUCCAACAAAGCCAAGCUGACUGUCAAUGAGCUCCCAUCUUUCCUGAAAACCCCCAUGGACCUCACCAUCCGCACUGGGGCCAUGGCCCGGCUGGAAUGUGCUGCAGAGGGCCACCCUACACCCCAGAUCUCCUGGCAGAAAGACGGUGGCACAGACUUCCCUGCUGCCAGGGAGAGGAGGAUGCAUGUCAUGCCCGAGGACGAUGUGUUCUUCAUUGCAAAUGUCAAAAUAGAGGACAUGGGCAUCUACAGCUGCAUGGCACAGAACAUUGCGGGCGGCUUGUCGGCGAACGCCACGCUGACCGUGCUGGAAACUCCUUCUUUUGUGAGACCCCUGGAGGACAGGACAGUAACGCGAGGGGAGACUGCUGUGCUGCAGUGCAUAGCUGGUGGCAGCCCUGCCCCUCGCCUCAACUGGACGAAGGACGACGGCCCACUGGCGGUCACCGAGCGGCAUUUCUUCGCUGCAGCGAAUCAGCUCCUGAUCAUUGUGGAUGCUGGGCUGGAAGAUGCUGGGAAGUACACCUGCAUCAUGUCCAACACUCUGGGCACUGAGAGAGGUCAUAUUUACCUCAACGUCCUGGCUUCCCCAAACUGUGAUUCUGCCCAAGGUGGCAUUGCCCAUGAGGAGGAUGGUUGGACCACGGUGGGCAUCGUGAUUAUUGUGGUGGUGUGUUGCGUGGUGGGCACCUCCCUGGUGUGGGUUAUUGUCAUCUACCACAUGAGAAGGAAGAGUGAGGAUUACAGCAUCACUAACACAGAGGAGAUGAACCUGCCUGCAGACAUUCCCAGCUAUCUGUCCUCCCAGGGAACUCUGUCGGAGCCUCAGGAAGGCUACAGCACCUCGGAGGCAGGCAGCCAUCAGCAGCUCAUGCCUCCAGCCGGCAGCUACAUGCAUAAAGGCACAGAUGGUGGUGCAGCACCAUUGGUGAUCUGCUCAGACUGCUAUGACAAUGCCAACAUCUACUCCAGGACACGAGAGUACUUUCCUUAUGCCUACAUCGCAGAAGAGGACCCUCUGGAUCCAGCUCUCCCUAAUCUCAUGGUACAGAUGCCAAAGGAAGCAUAUCCAGCACGUACCCAGCAUGACACCAGUGCUCUUGACAAUCUCUUGACAGACAGAGACAUGUCUGUCUUCCUCACCAACCACGACAAAAUCAGUGACAAGAAAAUCUCCUCCCAGCAGGUGAAUGAGCCCUUCCAGCUGCCUUUGUGGGGAGUGAACAAGGACCUGGCUCUCUCCCACUCUCACUUCCUGCACCAGCAGCCGGGCCGGGAGCCGCCCCGAGCGCUGCGCAGCGAGAGCCUCGCUGAGGGCGAGCAGGAGCCUGCUGCCUCCCCCCAGCCCUGCCUCAGGCUCCGGGAGCAGCACCUGGACUUGGGCAGGACACGGAGCAUUUGUGACCACAGUGAAACCACGUAAGACACUCAGUGAAGCCUUCAAUCCACUCCCUAUCCACUGACUUGUAUUUACUACCUCAGGACUAAGCCCAAGGCCAAAGACUCUUGUGUCCCUGUGCCUGCAGUCCCAGCCCCGUUGGGCAGGGUUGAGCUCUCCAGGAGGAGGUGGCAGCUGCCCUCCUUGCAUUCCUGUGUUGAAAAAUGGGAGUGUGCAGCGGAGGACACUUGGAUGGUUAGUGAUACCUGCUGGGGUAGCAUUGAACCACGGAUUCUCUGGUGUUGGAAGCAGCCUUUGUGCUGCUGCAUGCUUUGGGAAUCUCUUCCAGGAUGCAUAACUCUGUCACACUGCACUGGCUGCUGGGAAGCAACUGUCCAGGGCCUCCUCAUGGAAUUCCCCAGUGGUUGUGAGCAUGAAGCUCUCAGCCAGCUUUGUGCUCCUUAGACUUGGUAGGCACCAAUCUCUCUUUGGGGCUUGCUCUCUCCUCGGAAUACUGAACUCGAGUUGUAAAUAAAUUAGCCUUUAUAAAUAUUUUGUAUACACUAAGCAUUUAAAUGUGUUGGCUGCAAUGUAAAUAGGUUUUUUUUUAUCAUGCCAAAGUAUGUAUCACACUGUUAGUCUUGACAGCUGCGUAUCAAGCCAUAGGGGUUCUUGGUGGGCCUGGAAAGUUGUUUCUGAGGGGAUGGAGCUGCCUUUUGUUUUGGAAAGAAGUGAAUUUGCUGUAGUUACGUGGUGAAACUGUGACAUUGCUGAAUUUUACUGUUACAAACAACUCCAUGUGCAUUAAGCCUGGCUGCAAGCUGAUCAGUUUCAUGACAGAUUCCCACUGAAGUGCUGGGAGAGUCCUUAAACCUCUCUGUUGGACGCCUGCCUUUGCCUAGCAGAGCACAAAGCCCAACAGACCCUGCUUUAACAGCAGCCUUCACCUCUGCUCCAGCGUUCAACCUCCUGGAAGAUCUGGCAAAGAGCAGUGCACAAAGUGAUUCCUUCUGGUCCAAGAGCUGUAAGAUGAGAUCUGAGUGGUUUGUUGCAGAGACGUCUCCAUCUGACAGUGAAGUGAGCUGUAAAGAAGGACAUUGUGAUGAGAAGCUGUGGAUGAGUUGGGAGAGCAUUUAGCAGCUACUCAGUGAACUCUGUUGUGGGUUUUCUGUUCACACUGCACAGCCAAGAGGCAUGUGUAGUUCAAACCAGUUGUCUCCUUCCUCUUGUAAAACAUCAGGCAAAGUUGUUGCCCUCUUGAACUCUCUAAUAGCUCCCUAGACCUCAGCCUGGCCAAAGCGUUUAAAUAGUUGACAGGUGAGAAGUGAAGCCAGAGCUUCACCCAGUGAGUGUAGAAAAUCCAGCACUGGCUGAGACAGGAAGCUCAAACUGGUCGUUGUGGUGGGAUAUGCCUGACAAAAUUAGGAGGAAAAACAUCCUAAAGACCUCCUGAAAAGUUCUUUCUUCUGGGAAAAAUGCACCUUUGUGCGAGAGGGUUAAAGGCUCAGCAGUGAUUAUGGCUCUUGAGCACUGUGUUGUGCUCAGCUCUAGAGCUCCUCAGCUUCUUGCUGCGUGCUCACUUGUGAAGAGCCAGAGGCUUCCUUUCUAGUCACACUCGUGUUUCAAGCCGUGGGAUAUGUUCUAAAACGGCAACAGCUGCCUGGUGUAAGUUUAUGGAGACAGGGAAGCUUUCUGGACCAGCCCAGGAGAGGUAUGUGAGGCUGCCCCUGCCCCGUUCCUGGAGAGAAGGAGGUGUGACUGAGGGAGCAGAUGCAGUUGUGCAAAAGCACAGUUCAGCUCUGGAGGCUGUGGAUUCUUUGAGGAGAUGAUUGAGGGAACACUGGGAAUAAUUAUUUUCCCACAGCUCUUUGGGCAUGAGUAACAGUCAGAUGUCUGCAAAUGAGCAAGAUUCAAGGGCUCUUGGCAUGCUCACAAAGCAGCCGUGGUUGCUUUGGUAGCCAGCAGCUUUAGAAGGAAGGGGAUCCGAUUGUCCCUGACCUUUGGGUACAGCAGCAGCACAGGUGUGUUAAACUCUGUGGGGUCUGUCAUGUGAAAUGUUUCAGGAACACACAUGCCACAAAGGAAAAAAGGAACUUUAAGCUCAUUCCUUUGUGGUUUUAUUCCCUCCAGGCUUUUCCUUCCUAGGCAGCAUUUAAGAUGUGGUGCUUAUUUUCAAUCCCGAGUUGUCUCUGUGGCAGAAACCCAGUCCUGUCAGUUCAGAUCCACAUGAGAGAGGUCAUAUCAUGAAAGCAGAGCAGCAGAAAAGCCUCAUCCUCUUGGGCUGCUUUUCCAGGCUGCUGUGGCAGAGCUGCUCAGUGUGUGCAGAGCCAUCUCCUACUCACGCUGCUCUGUCCCAUCCCAUCGGGCUAAGGUCCCUUACUCUUCCUUUGCUCCCUCUCUCCUGCAAAGCUGAGCUCAUGCAAAGCUGAGCUCAUACAGCUCUGUCACAGAAGAGCUUGGGGUGUCCUGGCCAUAGCUGUACCUUAGGCACAGCUCCCUGUGCUUGACCAGGACCAAAGCCUUAAAAUCAGUGGAGCUCUGCACCAGAACAAACCUAAGUGUCCUUCAAGCCAUCUGAGGGUGUCAGCGAGGCGUUGGCCUGCCCAGCACUGCUCUUAGGCACUGGGACAUUUGCCUCCUUCCGAUCCAGGAGCUGCUUGUACAUAGCUCUGCUUAGCCUGGGAAAAGCCCUGGACAGACCUGCAGGAAAACCAGGUCUGUCCUUUUCCCUUCUCCUCCAGCAGCGCAGACAGGACAGGAGCCAUUCAGUUUCCAGUGAACACAAACAGUUUAUUCAGUCAAACACCAAAGUGCUAAAGACAGGAGCUGGGGAGGGGGGGGUCACUGGGCAGUGUGAGCAGAGCUGCUGCUGCUGUUCCCUGUUGCUGUUUCCUAGUGUCUAUUUAUAUUUUUUCCAGAUAAGAAUGUAUAUUUUGUAUAGCAUGUGUAAGAUAUCUUUGGCUAUUGUAAUAUACCUUCAAUAAACCGCUCUAUGCCUUCA